UAAAGAAGAAAAAGAAAAGAAAGAAGAGAAUGGGUGAUUUUGCAAGCCCCUUCAGACAGCCACCUCCUGCUCCAUCAAAAUCCAACUUACCUACCUUAUAUUAUGGCCUCGUGGUGAUCGCGACCGCCGCUCUGUUGCUAGCCCUAUACAACCUCCUAAUUGUCAGAUGGUGCACACGGAGCCACCAAAUCCAGAGAGCACCAGGACGAAGAAGCCCGUUGGUGGAGAUCUCAACCAGUCAGAGCUGUGUAAACCCCAACAGGAACUUGUUGUCCAGCUUCAAGUACAAGAAAGGAGUGGCAGCAGAUGAACAAGGCGUUGAGCUGAAUGAUUGUGAAUGUGCAGUUUGCUUAUCAGCUUUCGAGGAAGGUGAAGAGGUCACCCGUUGGCUGGCGGUGUCAUCGACAUGUCGUGAAUACACAGCAAGCAAAUUCUCAAGAAAAUGUGCAGGACUCAGGCAGCUCAGUUUAAUGGAUUUUGUUUUUCCCGUUGGGAAGGGGAAUUCUGAUAACGUUUCGUGUGUGGUGGGUAUCUGUGGACCUGUCGGGAUGAUAAUAACAAACAAAGAAUAUAGAUAGGAAGCAAGUUGCACUGGGUGGGACAAGAUGUUUGUGUUUCAUAAUUAAGCCGAGGAGUCAACCAUGGAGGUCGAUUAUAUACAUAUC